AUAUGACAUCAAAAGAACGUUUGGAUUUAAUGAAAGUUUCGCUCAAACACUUACCCAAAAAUAAGCCUCGUGUAGCAUGUGGUCUCGGAGCUCCAGGUUUGACCAUUAUUAAUACAAUAUUUCAAAUUCAUUAUAGUACAUAA